GUUUCCGAAAAGUUUGUCCUCGGUGUUGAAGAUGAAGAUGGAGCAAAGACAAGAAAAUACAACCUUAAUUCUACUUUCAGCAGCUAGCUUGGCACUUCUAACCAUCCUCACUGUGUGGAAAUCAAAACGGUGCAAAUAUAGACUUUUAAAUGAAACUGGAGGGGCAAUGUUUUAUGGCAUGCUCGUGGGGCUAACUGUGAAAUUCCUGUCAUUUUACCGGGGAGAAAACCUGGACAACAUGGAGGCAUUGUGCGAUUGCAGUGGUCUUAACAUCACUCCUCACUCCCUGACGGUUAACAUCACAUCUCAAUCUCCACUAAACGUUAGGAAAGUCAGUGAUGGAGUCCCAGCGCUCUCAACCCCUCAUAUGGAGACCUUUGAUCCCGAGUUCCUUUUCAAUCUGUUCCUGCCACCCAUCAUCUUCCACGGAGCUUACACCCUUAAUCAGGAGACAUAG